GCUUCCAAGAUGGCGGCGGCGGUGGCAGUGUCUGGUGCUCUCGGCCGGGCGGGCUGGAGGGUCCUGCAGCUGCGGUGCCUGCCCGUGGCCCACUGCCGACCAGCCCUGGUGCACCGUGCCUUCUAUGCUUCAGCCCUGCAGCUGAGGUCUUCAAAUGAGCAGAAGCAGCAACCUCCUCCCUCUUUUUCUCAGCAACAUUCUGAGACACAGGAGGCAGAAGAACCCAAUCCAGAGUUUUCUCGUCCACCCCCCAGGUACACAGACCAGGGUGGUGAGGAGGAGGAGGACCAUGAGAGUGAGGAGCAGCUGCAGCACCGCAUCCUAACAGCAGCCCUGGAGUUCGUGCCUGCCCAUGGAUGGACAGCAGAGGCAAUCGCAGAAGGAGCCCAGUCUCUAGGUCUCUCCAGUGCGGCAGCCAGCAUGUUUGGGAAUGAUGGCAGUGAACUGAUUCUGCAUUUUGUGACCCAGUGCAACGCUCGGCUCACCCAGGUGCUGGAAGAGGAGCAGAAGCUGGUACAGCUGAGCCAGGCAGAGAAGAGGAAGACAGACCAGUUCCUGAGGGAUGCAGUAGAAACCAGACUGAGAAUGCUGAUCCCGUACAUUCAGCACUGGCCCCGGGCCCUCAGCAUCCUCAUGCUCCCUCACAAUAUCCCAUCUAGCCUGAGCCUGCUCACCAGCAUGGUGGACGACAUGUGGCAUUACGCUGGGGACCAGUCCACUGAUUUCAACUGGUACACCCGCCGAGCUGUGCUGGCUGCCAUCUACAACACAACAGAGCUGGUGAUGAUGCAGGACUCCUCCCCAGACUUCGAGGACACUUGGCGCUUCUUGGAAAACCGGAUUAACGAUGCAAUGAACAUGGGCCACACUGCCAAGCAGGUGAAGUCCACUGGAGAGGCACUGGUGCAAGGACUCAUGGGUGCAGCAGUCACGCUCAAGAAUCUGACAGGUCUAAACCAGCGCCGGUGAACAAGAAGAGGUAUGAGCUAGAGUGCCCAGAAGAAAACCUGCGAAUAUAUUUAAAGGACAUUGAAAAGUACAAAGUGCCAUCCACAGGACAGGGUUUAAUGGGGAAACACUAAAGGACUCCUAAGUCACUACCACAGCCACCAGAGAACCAUAGGGCACUUGAUGAUACAGUUGUAGCUUGGGACUGGGCCACUUCUUCAGUUCCUAGUACCAAGCCUGGCUUCCUGAUGCCUUUCUGCAUUGCAGCUGUGUGAUUGAAAAAUGGCUCUCAUCCAAGUAUUCAAGCCACAGAAACCCAGCACGUCCCUGUCAUGGUCUCACGGGCACCUUGAUCAUAUCUUAAUUCUCCUAGAAAUGCUCUCUGGGACUCCCAAGUCAGAGUCAGAGAAUCUGAAGCUACCCCAAGUGGCAGCUGAUCCACAGCACAGGCACUUGUAACCAGAGGCAUUCCUUGCAGCCAUUUCCUCUCCAGCAUCCUGAGAUACUGUACCUGGGACCCCCUCAGAAAGCUGCCCACCUGAGACUGGUGCCUACUGGACAGUGGUUCACAGCCCAGCCAGAGCUGGGGUGUCAGGCCUGGUGUUGCAUUACACCAGUGUGUGUGGCAGGAUUAUUAGUGAACUUAGAGUCUAUAAAAAUAAUAAUAAAUAUGUUUGAAUCAGU